CACCUACGUCCCGAGUAUGUUCAUGAACUGUCUCCUUGACUAGCGUUGAUGAUAUCGGUUGCCCGUUUCUUUUGAUGCCCAUCAAUUAAAAAUGCGGGGCGUUCAGAUAUUCUCCGGCACCUCUCACCCCGCCCUCACGGAGGCCAUCUGCGAGCGGCUGGGAACCGUCCCUGCGAAAUGCGAACUGCGGAAAUUUAGCAAUGGCGAGACCUGUGUGAAUAUCGGUGUAUCGGUGCGAAAUCAGGAUGUCUUCAUUGUCCAGAGUGGAAGCAGCAAGAUCAAUGAUAGCGUGAUGGAACUGCUGAUCAUGAUCUCGGCAUGCAAGGGCGGAUCGGCGAAGUCAAUAACGGCUGUACUGCCAUACUUCCCUUAUUCGCGUCAAUCGAAGAAGAAGAGCCAUCGCGGAGCGAUUACAGCCCGAAUGCUUGCCAAUCUACUCUCGAUCGCUGGCGUAGACCAUGUUAUCACUGUGGACCUGCAUGCAUCCCAAAUGCAGGGGUUUUUCGGAAAACCGGUUGAUAACCUCUUUGCCGAAUCUUUGAUAGCACGGUGGAUUAGGAUAAAUGUUCCACGCUGGCAUGAAGCUGUGGUAGUUACGAAGAAUGCUGGAGGCAGCAAGCGUGUAACCUCACUGGCAGACGCAUUGAAACUGAACUUUGGCAUCGUUACGACAGACCGCAGACGGCAGAAGUAUAACCAAAAUUCCAUGACUGAUAGUGCCAUAUUCUUUGACUCAGUCGACCAUAACCUGGCAAAUGUCAGAAACGCGGAAUUCCAGCCACGGAAUGUCUCGCAUCGCGCGAGUUUACCCACUCGUCCUCGCCCUCAAGAUAUUAACCUUAAUUCAUCCUCCCUUCCCGACCCCUUUAUCGAUGCGCAACCUAACACUUUGGCAACCCUCCCUGAAGAGAGCAGAACACCACAAUCUGGAUUCGGAGAGGCCAGCCACGAUGAUGACGAUACGACGAAUGAAUAUACUGAUGAGCGUGCCCGUGAAGUUGUAACCGCGCGACUGGUCCAGGGUCAUUUAGUUGACGAUGACUACCCCUCGCCAAAUCUCUCCUCUACUGCAGCUUCGGUUUCCGGCUUAAAUGUUACCGUGGAGCGGACCGAGAUAUACGAUGGCGCUUCUCUCGAUCCAACUUCGGAGUCAGCAGUGUCUACACUAUCAUCCUUCCAACCGGAGCACGCCCUCGGUGGGUCCUUCGAUGCUGCCGCCUCUUCAGACGAAGAGGAUGGAAAAGCUCAAAAUUCUAACCAUGAGCGCACGAUCACCCUGGUUGGUGAUGUCAGGGACAAAACUGUCUUUAUUGUUGAUGAUAUGAUUGACCGCGCAGGAUCUUGGAUCGCGGCGGCAGAGACCGUUGUGAAAAAGGGUGGUGCGAACAAGGUAUACUGUAUCGCGACCCACGGUCUUUUCGGAGAAAACUCGCUUGAACAGAUGGAGCGGUGCGAUUGCAUUGACUACGUCGUCAUAACAAAUACGUUCCCCAUUGAUCCGCAAAGGGCUAGAAGGAUGAAGAAACUGGUUGUUCUGGACGUAUCUGCACUGUUGUCAGAGAGCAUCCGGCGCCACCACUACGGAGAGAGUAUCUCUUCUCUCUUUGAGUUGCGCGACUAGAAUUUAAAGCAUUGGGAGAGGAUGCGCCGCAUUUGCGUGUCGAUACCUCCGGCAGUUGACCCAAAGCAACGGAAUGAUUUGUAGCUAUAUUACGAUUCCUAAUUAUAUAUUCAUACUAUUGGUAGCGAGAAAUCAUUUUAUCAACUUUCUG